CAGGAGAAUUCGAAAUGCCGGUUGCACCAAAUGUCGCGUUCGUCGUUUACAGAGACGGUUACCGCGCGAUUGUUGACAAGCUCAUAAAAGAGCGCAAUCCGCUCAGCGUAGCCGAUAUCGCAAAGAAAUAGAGGUCUAUUGGAAAAGUGAGCCAGGUGAGGACAUCAACGAGAGCUACUUUCGCGGGGAUGUCGAUCUUCUUGGAGAGUGCAGGGGCCAGUGGUGAACUCCCACUUACAGUGUUGGCCCUCAUAGAUAAUGAGGUCCAUCUGAGAAGUGGCAUAUUCGUGAAGGAAGAGCAAUGGGCUUGGCUGCUGUCGCGGCCCAAGGACUCCUUAUUUUGCAAGGAGGCCACAAAGCUCCUGUGCAGUAUCCUUGAGCUUCAGAACAAGAAUCCCACAGUAGCGCCUUGUCGGUGCUUGGUGCGCCAGGAGGACAAACGGGCCACCGAAGAGGGCCCUGACACCAAGAAAGUUGGAGGCUGUGGCUAGUGAGUAUUUUUCCUUAAAGAGGUACUGACACAAAAAUUUUCGUCUGGCAUUAUUUUGCUGCAAUCCAUCACUGGGGGCCUAUUAUUCAUAACACGGCAGAUUGUUUGCUGCAACGCGGGACAGAUAAUUAAUUACAGUCUGUUUAUUACCGACUAGUCUCAGUUUCCGUUUAGCAGAGCGAGAACAACAAGUUGCCUGGUGCAACUAAUGCCAUCUAGCAUGUGAGAUGGUACACAGAACCGUAAUGCACUUCUGUGCUGCCUGUAUAUCUACUCGCAUUCUUUCGCUGCCGUAAGUGCUGCUCAAUGUCGUUGGCGUCAUUUCUAUCAUCAUCGUAUGGUGGCAACGACUUUGUUGAGGCUUCCAUACGUUCUCUGCAGGCACGAACUCGCGAGCAGUCGCCGAAUAGUUGCCUGCUGGCACAAGCGUAAACAAAGGGCAAUGGCGACUAUGAUGCCGUUAUUCUAGCUGCGCCAACUCGGAGCUCAGCCGCUGUGGUGAUGUCUCGGAAGUUGGGAGUCACCUUGAGGUCACUUUGGAUGAUUUCAAUGAUGCAAGGUGUGGCAUAUAGCGCUGGAUCACACACGCGAACUUCAAUAUUCAUAUAAAAAAUCUUCCAAGCUAUAUUCGCUGUUCAGGUUUGGUAGAUGAUAUACGCAUGUUCACGGGAAUCAAUCCCUGAGGCUAUCUCAGCUGUGAAAUUUUGUGUCAGUACCUCUUUAAGGUAUUUUUCUUUACGUAGUGGCAUUAAAUUUUUACUUUAGGUGAACAAAUAAUCUAAAUAUUUAAGAAGUGCUUCAUGUAUUUGCUCGCUACUCUGCAGGUGGCUUGCAGAAUGUGAAGGUU